AUGAUGUUCAGGGACAGGAAAAAAGAUUUUUCCGAAACUGAAGAAAUUGUUGAAAACUUAGAUUUAGGCGAAGGGCCACAGUUAGGUGUUGAAGAUAGUAAAGAUGUUGAAGAUGAUCAUGAGGCUAAGGUUUAUCCUCAGAGGGAGAGAAAAGCCCCACAAUAUUUUGGAGUUAAUAAUUCAGCCAAUGUAAAUGUUGAUUAUUGUUAUAAAGUUUGCGGUGUGCUACAAACGUACACUGAAGCUAUGGAGUCCCCUGAAGCUUCAGGGUGGGAGAAGGCCAUGAAAGGUGAGAUGGAAGCACUUAAGGAGAAUGACACGUUUGAAUUAACCACCUUACCAGAAGGUAAGAAUUUAAUGGGGGGGGGGAGGGGGGAAGAUGGGUUUAUACCAUCAAGGAGGAUGCAAAUGGUUUGGAAACAUUUGAAAGCAAGAUAUGUUGCAAAAGGGUACAGUCAAGUGCAUGGUAUUGACUAUGAGGAAAUAUUUUUCCCAACUGCCUGUUUAACAUUACAUCAAUCAGAAUCCUUAUGCUACUUGCUGCUCAAUAUGAUCUUACUGUUCAUCAGAUGGAUGUCAAAAAUAGCUUUCUUUCAUGCUCGUAUUGACCAUGAAAUGUUCAUGGAGCAAUCUAUGGGCUUUGAAGAGUUGUCAGAGAAAGGUGUCAAAUUAGUCUACAGGUUGAAGAAAUCUCUUUAUGGUCUUAAGCAGUCGGGUAGGAACUGGAAUAGGGUGUUAGACGGGUACUUGAUAAGUGAUGGAUUUGUUAGAAAUCCAGUCGACCAUUGUGUUUAUCAAAAACAAACGGGUGGAGAUAUCGUAAUUGUAGUUAUAUGGGUUGAUGAUCUGAUUAUAGCUUCAAAUAACACAGAUAAGAUCAGUCAAUUCAAGGAAAACAUGAAAUCUAAAUUCAGGAUGAAAGACUUGGAAGAAAUUUCUUAUUUCUUGGGUAUUAGCUUCAAACAAGAAAGUGGAGUUAUUAAAAUGAAUCAGAAAAGAUAUAUUCAGAAAAUACUAGAUAGAUUUG